AUGUCGCAGAAAAGGAAGAAGGUGAUGGUGAGUGUGGAGAAGAAGUUGGAAGCGAUAAGAAGAUUGGAUAAAGGUGAAAUUAUUCGGAAGGUUGCGGACGAUUAUGGUGUUGGAGAAACCACUGUGGGCGAUUGGCGUCGAAAUCGAUCAGAAUUAGAACAAUUCAGAAUAAUAUCCGGUAACGCGAUGACAAGUCGUAAAACGAUGAAACCCGCAGAGUAUGAUAAAAUUGACAAAGGUUUAUUUCUAUGGUUUACUCAACAGAGAGAAAAAGGAUUGCCAGUAUCAGGGACCAUUUUACAGGGAAAAGCAUUGAUGAUUGCGAAACAGUUUCCAGAUGAAAGUGAGACUUUUACAGCAAGUGUUGGAUGGCUGGAUAGAUGGAAGAAAAGGCACGGUAUUCGUCAGUUAAAUAUCUGUGGUGAAAAAAUGUCAGCUAAUGAAGGUGAAUUGAAAAAAUUUAAGGAAGAAUUUGAGAAGAUUGUAGAGAAAGAAGGAUACUCGCGAGAUCAAAUUUAUAACUGCGAUGAGACUGGCCUAAAUUUUAGGAUGAUGCCUUCUAAGACAUUGGCUUCACGAGAAAAAGCGGCGGCUCCAGGGUAUAAAAAGAAUAAUAAAAGAGUUACCAUUUUAGCAUGCAGUAACGCGUCCGGAACUCACAAACUUCCACUAAUGUGUAUCGGGAAAUCGGCUAAACCCAGAGCGAUUAAACACAUUAAACCUGAAGCCUUGCCAGUGUACUAUGCACAUCAGAAGAGUGCUUGGAUGAGCUGUGAUCUCUUCCAAAAAUGGUUUUUUAAUCAAUUUGUUCCUUUAGUUGAGAGAUUUUUGGAAGAAAAAGGACUUUCUAGAAAAGCGAUUCUUUUACUCGACAACGCUCCCUCGCAUCCAAACGAGUCAACUCUCAGAAGUGGUAACAUAAUUGUUAAAUUUUUUCCACCAAACGUGACUUCCAUUGGACAACCAAUGGAUCAAGGCGUACUCGAGACGUUUAAACGUCAUUACCGACGUUAUUUACUUCAAAAAAUUCUGGAGAAAUGUACCGCCGGAAGUACCCUUAAAGAAUGUUUGCUUGAAAUAAAUAUGAAAAGUGUCAUUUAUUGGUCAGCUCAAGCUUGGGAUGCUGUCCGAAGUCUCACACUCGAGAGGUCAUGGUAAAAAAUCUUGCCUUCUAUAAAUCAAAAUGAUGAAAUUGUAGACGAUGUAGAUCUUCAUAGCAUCAUGGAGCAAAUUCCUGGUUGCGAAAACGUCGACAGAAACAAUACUGAAAAGUGGAUUCAAGAGGAUGAUUGUGAACAGGAACUGACCGACGAUGAAAUCGCUCAUCUCGUGAAUUCUGAAGAAGAAAUCGCAGUUGAAAUAGAAGAUAUAGAAGUAGAAGAAACUCCAAAAAUCAGCCACGCAGAAGGGCUAAAUGCCCUUGAAUUGGCUCUUAAAUAUGUUGAGGAACAGCCGGAAUGUGAUUCAAGUGAUAUUUUAUUGAUAAAACGAUAGCGAGAUAUUGCGGCUAAAAAACGAAUGAGCAACUUAAAGCAGUGUUCUAUUAAAGAUUUUAUCAAACCUUGUUAGUGACGAUUCACAUGUUAUGUAGAAAAAUGCUUUGAACACCAAAGAUUAGUUGACGCUCAUAUUUUUACUUUAAUUAUAUUUUUUCUUUACUUUCUUUUUUAUUUUUACCUACUUUUGUGUGCAUAUUUCAUUCUUCCAUUCAAAAUACAUAAAAAAUUUUAAAAAUUUUAAAAUUCUUUAUUUCAUCCGUGUUAUCCGAGUUUUCGCUUAUCCGAGGUGCCCCUUCCCCACAUUACCUCGGAUAAGCGGGACUCUACUGUAUUAUUGAGGUCUAAAGGCGUUUGAUUUAUAAAAUCCGGGGCUUCAGAGAAACGUAGUGUGCGAUUGGCAGAGGGGGCGUGUCGCGACGGUGUUGGAAGCAAGAGUGUGGGUUGGGUUGA